AUGCCGCCUGAAAUUCGCGCUAUCGGAAUCGAGGGGUUGCCAGAAGUGCGCGCCGGGGAUGACCUGGCCGCGCAAAUCAUGGAUGCCUGCGCCGCCCAGGGCACCCCCUUGGAAAAUGGUGAUGUGCUCGUGGUUACCCAGAAAGUCGUCAGCAAGGCUGAAGGCCGCGUGAUGACCAUAGACGACGUUGAAGCUUCGCCGUUGGCGGUGGCCAUUACCGAGGGCCACCGCCGCGACCCCCGCCAUACCGAGAUGAUUCUUCGCGAGAGCCGGCGCAUCGUGCGCAUGGACCGCGGCGUAAUCAUCAGCGAAACCUACCACGGCUACAUUUGCGCCAAUGCCGGGAUUGACGCCUCCAACAUCCCCGGCGAAAACGCCAUUUGCCUCCUGCCGGUCGACCCGGACGCGUCGGCGCAGGGGAUCAGGGAUGCCGUGAGUUCCCGGUUGGGCGUUGACGUUGCAGUGCUGGUUUCCGAUACCUUCGGUCGCCCCUGGCGGAACGGGGCCGUCAACGUGUCUAUCGGCGUGGCUGGUUUCAAUCCGGUGGUGAGCUACAUCGGCGAAUUCGAUCCCCACGGUAACGAACUGCAUACCACUACUAUCGCGGUGGCCGACGAGUUGGCGGCAACGGCGGAACUGGUUACCGGCAAACUGUUGGGGGUGCCGGUAGCGAUCAUCAGGGGCUACCCCUACGAGCACAUGGAUGACGCCAGCAGCCGCGCCAUCGUCCGGGAAGGCGACAAGGAUUUGUUCCGGUAG